AUGAAUGCUCUUGGAAUGGGGAACCCUGCGGAGGCUCCGCGACGAGCCCAUCUCUAUGUCGGGAAUUUGAGCCCCCGUGUCACUGAGUACAUGCUCGCCGAGAUCUUCGCUGUAGCUGGACCAGUUCAGCACGUCAAGAUCAUCCCGGACCGUAACUACCAGCACGGAGGCUUGAACUACGGUUUCGUGGAGUACUUGGACAUGCGUGCGGCUGAGACUGCCCUUCAGACUCUCAAUGGACGUAAAAUCUUCGAUACCGAGAUCCGCGUCAACUGGGCCUACCAAGGUCAACAAAACAAGGAGGAUACCAGUGGACAUUUCCAUGUGUUCGUAGGAGACCUCAGUCCUGAAGUUAACGAUGAAGUCCUCGGCAAAGCCUUCAGUGCUUUCGGCACCCUGUCUGACGCUCGUGUCAUGUGGGACAUGAACUCUGGAAAGUCUCGCGGUUACGGUUUCCUUGCGUUCAGGGACAAAACAGAUGCUGAACAAGCUAUCGCUACCAUGAACGGCGAAUGGCUUGGGUCUCGGGCCAUUCGUGUCAACUGGGCCAACCAAAAGACCCAAGGUGCUCCGCCUGCCCCCAGUAGUGCCAACACUAGUCGUCCAGCUGGCAAUCCUGGCAGUGCCCCCGCCCCCAUCAACUUCCAGGGUGGACCCCUGUCGUACGAAUCAGUCGUUCAGCAGACGCCCGCGUACAACACGACUGUCUAUGUCGGAAAUCUCGUUCCAUACUGCACGCAGGCCGAUCUCAUCCCUCUGUUCCAAUCCAUUGGCUAUCUCUCUGAGAUCCGUAUGCAAGCUGAUCGUGGCUUUGCCUUCGUCAAACUCGACACCCACGAGCAUGCUGCAAUGGCUAUUGUGCAAUUGCAAGGUCAGAUGGUUCACGGACGGCCUAUCAAGUGCAGCUGGGGUAAGGACAGGGCCGAUGGAGGAGCUGCGCAGCCAGGAACGCCUCUCAGCCCCACCGCAGCAACAACAGCGUAUGCUAGCAUGCCGAUGUACAACAUGCCACAACCGGCUGGGUAUGCCUAUCCUGGGUUCGGGACAUACGGUAGUUUCCCUGGUCAAACCGCUGGUACCCCUGGGGCUGCUGGUGCAGGAUCGCCUGGCAUGCCUCAACCCGCUGCUGCGCCAGGUGCAGGACUCGGAUUGACCGCUGGGCAGCAGCCUAACGCAGAUCCUAGUGCCGUCGCUGGUGGACAGGCAGGACAAGCCCAAUGGGGUGGAGCUGAUCCGUCUUCGUACUAUAAUAACUACUGGGGCGGGUACUACGGCCAAGCCGCUGGACAACCUGGUGGUGACACGCAGAUGCAGCCUCCCGUUGCAUGA